CCCCGGCCAUACUUUCCGGCGCAGGAGCUGACGGAUGUCGUGUGUAACACCAGCAAGUGUCGAUGCAGCGAGGGGGCUCAAAACAGUGCCCCCUAGUUCGUUCUUUUGAGGCAUGUCGUAAUGGCAAGGGAGGAGUCUCGUGGCAAGAGGCCUUUAAAAAUCUGGGACAGUUGGCGCAAUGUCCGUAAAGGUCUCGUAGUCGGUAGCUUCGAGGAGCUAAUAGUUAGAGGAAAAGACAAAUUAGGAGUGCCAGCCUCCGAACCCGUGCGACUGGUGUUGGAAUGCGACGGCACGCAGGUGGAGGAUGGCGAAUACUUCAGGACGUUAGCGAACAAUACGGUACUACUCCUAUUGCGGCAAGGUGAACGCUGGUAUCCUACGGGGGUUGAUGUAAUUAAGGCUGCAAUAUCAGCAAUACCAAAGAUCGUUUGCGAAACAAUACAUGCAUUGGAGCUGCAGGAUGAAACACCCUCCUGGAAGAUUAUGGAUAACAAGGGUCGAGUCACAGUUGUGUUGCAUUGGGAUCAACGGCAAGGCGGUGGUCAAGGUGGCGGUGGCGGCGGCAGCAGCAGUAGCGGCGGUCCAGGGCCUGGCGGGCCCGGUGUCGGUUUAAGCAACGGGCCGACGUCGGACAAAUUUUCCCCCUCGAAGAAAAGCCUCUCCACCCAAAACUCGAUCGACAAAUCGUCCGUGUCCAGCCAGCCGCGCUUCCCCAGCCCCCAGAUUACCGUCAUCAAUCACGAUGAUCCGCAGUCCCAGAUUUACCAUUCGGCACGGCGACUCUCGAAACAGGGCGGCUCGUUCGACAGUGCCGUCGGGGCGGUGCACGUGCACACGCCCGAGUGUGCGCACCAUGCGCAUAUGCCCACGCGUGCCGGCAGCCCCGGUGCGACCGAGUGCGACUUUCACUGUUGCGCACUGCACGAGGAGGGGCGAAAGAUUGCGGUGCACAAGAAUGUGGCCACCUCGCCGAUACAGGACGGGUCCGCGAGUCCGCAGCCGCCACCGAGCAGCAUGUCGGACAGCCGGCGUACGUCCACGACCAAGGGUCACGUGCGGUUCCUGGACAUUGGGCCGGAGCGGGACAGUUCCGAGAGUGAAACGGAGAACACCGUCAUGGAGGACGAAACCGUGACGUCCGAGAAGUUUCUGCUGCUGAUCGACCAGCUGUCCGUCGAUCAGAAGCGCCACCUUAGCAUCAAGGAUAUCGGCAUCAUACUCGAGCGGCUGAGCUCGAAGAUACUGGAUGUCGAGCGGUUGGACCGCGAGAGCGAGUCCGACGAUUGCUACAACUGGACGAUCAAGGCAACGAUACGUGGCGAUGCGCUGCGCGAGCUAGGUGUUAUUUAUAAUGGAAACUAUUACGCAAUAUCAGAGCAUCCUGGCUACAAGGAGGAGAACGAGGAGAAUGGCGAGGAUGCGGAGGAGGAGGACGAGGAUAGAUUAUAAAAUCGGUUGCAUGCUAUGCGAUAAGUUAGACUAAUCUGUAAGCCACCGAACGUUG